AUGAACCUCAAAUCGUUAACGCUACCUCUCCUCUUGACCCUGACGUCAACAAACGCCCUCGUCCUUCCCAAUCCCCCCUACGCUCUCUCCUCCAAGUCAAACCUUCCCUCCUCACCACCCACCAACCACGCCAUCGACACCAACAUCAACACUGCCUCCACCUCCACCUCCACCUCCACCUCCGAUCCUACAUCCUCCUCGACAAACAACCCCUCAGUCAAAACCACAGUCCCAAUCCCAAUCCCCAUCGACCAUCCAGAAUACGAUCUCGACAGAAUGUCCCUCCCGAUACUCAAGUCCACCUUGCAAACCUGCGACGUCGUCUUCGCGGUUGUGGCCCUCGUGCUGCUCGUUCCCGGUCUGGUCGUUGUGUUGGUCAGGGGGUGGAACUAUUUACGGAGUUCUCCAGAGGGAGAUGUGGAGGGGGAGGCCUUGCUGGGUGGGGGUGGGGUGAAGGGGAAGGGUGGGAGUGUUAUGAAUCAGAUGGAGAAUGGGGAGGCGCAGGGGGGUGUCAAGAAUGGGAGGAUCGGGGAUAGGAAGGUUAUGGUCGAGGAGGAGGGGGAGGAGGUGGUGGUUUAG